AUGGCUGAUAAUUCCAAGGAAGAUUUUCUGCAGUUGGUCAAGCGAGUCGGUGCUUUUGUCUCCCUCAAGAUUUCCACCCUCCUUCGCUCACUGGAUUCACGCUCAUUUGGAGCCAUAGCUGGGUUAGCAUUUGCUGUCAUUUUUACAUGGAAGUUCUUAAGGCCAUCUAGAGGGACUCCAAGAAGGCUACCUAAAAGGCAGGCUCCAUCAACUAGUAACUCUGGUGAGCGUGAGCAUCCGACAACAUUUGGUGUUUCCAAUCCCCCUGGAGAUUCCAGAACCCAGAAUGUGGUUGACGAGACAUUUCAGCCUGUUAAUGCAUCAGUCAGCCAAACAGUAAGGCAAAGAUUGAGUCAAGGAAGGAAGGUAACAUGUAGUUUACUUGGAGUAAUCCUAGAAGAAACCAGUCCUGAAGAACUGCAGAAGCAAGCCACGGUUAGAUCUUCAGUUCUCGAUGUGCUGCUUGAAAUCACAAGGUUUAACGAUCUUUAUCUCAUGGAAAGAGUGCUGGAUGACGAGAGCGAAAAAAAAGUUCUUGCAGCUUUGGAAGACGCUGGGGCCUUCGCAUCUGGUGGCUUGGUCAAAGAUAAAGUGCUAUUUUGUAGCACGGAGAAUGGGCGGGCUUCUUUUGUCAGGCAGUUGGAACCCGACUGGCAUAUCGACUCUGACCUAGAAAUCGUCACCCAGUUAUCUAGAUUCAUCAAGUCUCAGCUUUUGGUCUCUCCCAGCAACCUUAAACAGCCUGCUCCGAAUGUCUACUCUGCGUCAUCCUUAGAACAGUUCUUUCGUUCUGCCUGA